AUGGCUGCCGUCUCUCAGAUUAGCAAGAAGAGAAAGGUUGCUGAUGGUGUUUUCUACGCCGAAUUGAACGAGUUCUUCACCCGUGAGCUCUCCGAGGAUGGUUACUCUGGUGUCGAAGUUCGCGUCACUCCCGCUCGCACUGAGGUCAUCAUCCGUGCCACCCACACCCAAAACGUCCUUGGUGAGAAGGGUCGCCGCAUCCGCGAGUUGACCUCCCUCGUCCAGAAGCGUUUCAAGUUCCCCGAGAACACCGUUGAGCUUUACGCUGAGCGUGUUCAAAACCGUGGUCUUUGCGCUAUUGCUCAGUGCGAGUCUGUUAAGUUCAAGCUUCUCAACGGUUUGGCUGUCCGUCGCGCUUGCUAUGGUGUCCUUCGUUUCAUCAUGGAAUCUGGUGCUAAGGGUUGCGAAGUUGUUGUCUCUGGUAAGCUCCGUGCUGCUCGUGCCAAGUCCAUGAAGUUCACCGAUGGUUUCAUGAUCCACUCUGGUCAGCCCACUCGUGAUUUCAUCGACACUGCUGUUCGUCACGUCCUUCUCCGUCAAGGUGUCCUUGGUAUCAAGGUCAAGAUCAUGUUGGAGUACGACCCCACUGGCAGAGCCGGUCCCAGAAACAACCUUCCCGAUAUUGUCACCAUUUUGGAACCCAAGGAGGAAACUCCCGUCACUGAGCCCGUCUCCCAGGACUUCAGCAAGCCCGCUGCUCCCGCUGCUGCCCCCGCUGCUGAAGCUGCUCCCCAGACCGUUGCAUAA